AAAACGGCUCCUAGAUCCAAACUCGUUGAGGGCCAGGAGACAAAAUGUCACCACAUUUUUCACCGAUGCCAUUGACCCCUGAAGAUAAAGUAAAAGAUGACUCCCUCAAAAAGGAGAGGCCAUAUAGGGUCUUUUUUAAAGAUCUCUUUCUUGACAAAGAAGAUGAAAUGACAAAGAAAAAGGAAAAUUUUUUGAACCGCAGCAUGAAAGUCCACCAAAAGUCUACUUUCUCGUCCCGAAUGAAGAGUCGUUCACACCUGAGCCAAAUAGUAUUCUACUCUGACACAGCUGGUGACUCACUUGAAAAAUUUGAGCUAGAUCCCACUCUUAUUCUCAGGUUAACAGAAGGUGCAGACACAAAAAAGACUGUCCAGGAAUUCAUUAAUGACCAAAGAAACAGGUUUCUGCUUGAGUAUGCUCUGUCAACCAAAAGAAAUACAAUCUCAAAGUUUGAUAAAUACAUAGCAACAAAGGAACGGCAACUCCUGAAAGCAGAAACAAAGCUCCAAGAAGAUGCAAUUGCCUUUGAAGAGUUCCUUCGAGAAAAUGACCAGAGAUCUGCAGAUGCCCUUAAAAUUGCAGCACAAGAGACUAUAAACAAACUCCAAAUGACUGCAGAGCUAAAGAAAGCGAGUAUGGAGGUACAGGCAGUGAAAAGUGAAAUAUCAAAAACAGAAUUCCUCCUCAGGGAGUACAUGAAAUAUGGAUUUUUUCUGCUGAAAUUGUCUCCAAAACAUUGGCAAAUCCAGCAAGCGCUGAAAAAGGCGAAGGUAUCAAAGAGUAAAGAAAAUGUGAAUGUCACUCUUUCAAAAGAAUUAACAAAAUUAAAUACAAAGAAAAAAGAGAGCAGUGGUGAGGGCACCAGGGGGGCAUCAUUUUUAGAAGACCAUCCUCUGGGAAGAGGGAGCCCAGGAAAACCAUCCAGGAAGCCCAGUGUCAUCCUAGAGCCUAAGAAAUCAUCCUUAUCAAAGUACAGUACAUUCUUAAUUAGCUCUCUUGGAAACUGUGACUGUCUUUUAGCAAAUAUCUCUUUUAGCCUUUCUUCAAUCCGAUCUGAAAGUACAAGCUCAAAAGACAGUUUGGAAUUCUUUUUAGAUGAGGAUACGGACUGUGAUCUGGAGCCAGAGCUUUAUUUCAAAGAGCCAGAGGAGUUACUUCAAAUCUUCACAGAGCUGGAAGAGCAGAAUCUUACUUUGGUACAAUAUUCCCAAGAUGUAGAUGAAAACCUUGAAGAUGUGAAUAAAAGAGAAAAACUUAUACAGGAUAAAAUAAAUAGCAGCAUAGAAUUUCUUUUGGAGCAAAAGGAAAUGCUUAAGGCCAACUGUGAGCGAGAAGAGGAAAAAGCAGCAGAACUGGAAUUAAGGUCCAGGCUAUUUAGUUUUGGACAAUUUAAUUCAGAUGCCCAGGAAAAACUGAUAGACUCUCUUAGUAAAAAAAUUAAUCAAGUAUACAAAGUCUGCAUUGGAGAUGGUGAUGUUGGCAGCCUCGACCCUGUUCAGAAGCUGGUAAAAGUCGAGUCUCGCCUGGUGGAACUGAGUGAUCUCAUUGAAACCGUUCCCAAAGAAAAUGUGGAGGCAAUUGAGAGAAUAAAACAGAAAGAACGACGGCAAAAGGUGCGUGAGGAGAAAAUGAAAGAAAAACAAAAACACCAGGAGGAAAGGCUAAAAGCUGCUCUGGAAAGAGCAGUAGCGCAACCGAAGAAAAAGCUGGGAAGACGACUUGUCUGUCGUUCAAAACCUCCAUCCAGUGACAAACAUCAACUACUUUCAAUCAAGGAUACAAAAACACAAUCAGUAGAGGAUGAAUAUUUUUUCACUUGAAUAGAAACUGUCAUGUGUUAGGCAUAUUUUGUAGAUUUUGGUUUUCAAUAAUGGCAAUAUUCUGCCCUAUAUGCUGGCCUACCCAAUUUGAAGAAGAGAGACCCUUGUUUUAAAGGUUGUAAGACUGGGGAGUGAUUUUGUUGUUGAAGCCUUUUAUUAUCCAUAUUUUAAGUAUUAUUCUAAACGUUAUAUAUCUAUACUUUGAGUUGUCCCAGCUGGGGAUUCGCAUCCAAACUCUACUGAUAUAACUACAUGGUGAACGAUCACUAAAUUGUAGCAGUGGCAUUCUCUGUCAACAUCAGACUUUAAAUGAUCCACGUUUUCAACCAGUCCACAGGAAAGUUCACAGUAUACAUUUUAUCACUGUGGAGUACAGAUUUUAAUGUUCAACUCUAAUAUAUCUCAAGGGUUUUUGAGAAGUUUAAAACUGAAAUGAAAACCACUAGGUUAUUUUCUCAGAACAUAACUGUAAGACUGGUUUUUAACUCACAUUAAGGAGUUCUGCUCAGAAAACUUCAUUCUCUUAAGUGAACAAACCAAGUCUUCAGCCUAAAUAUCAGUUUAUAAUUUCUGUUGUGUUCUAUAUCCAUAAUCAUUUUAAUUUUCAGGUGAUGUUUCAAUUUUAGCUAUAAUAUGUAUACAUUGUUUAGCUUACACUGAUAUAUUAAUAUGUAAUUUGUCA